GCAGCUGUCAUUCAGAGUGAGGACGUGAUGGAGGAGACGCAGCAGCCGCUGGAAAACACCAAGUGAAACGUUUCGCGAAAAAAGUGUUGAAAAGUAACUUUUAAACUUUGCUCCGCGACGCUCGAGGCCCCCGGCGGGAUGUGUUAGCGUGUGACCGAGAAGCAGUGACUCCGGCAGCUCGUCUCUCUUCCUGCUCCGGGGAAUUACAGCCAGUUUUGGAGGAUGUCAGCCCCCAGCAACUCGCUCCAGCAGGCGAGGGUGAGGCGCAGCAAUGCGGGCUCUCCGGGCGGCGGAGGAGGUGGAGGCGGCGGCGGCAGCAGCUGCCGUCUGCACCCCCUCCGGGCCACCGUGCCCUACCAGCUCCUGCGUGCGGGUCAGAGCAGCCCGACGCGGCCGCAGAGCCUCCACGGAGGGGCCACGACCAGCCGGGGCUCCAGCACCCCCUCCAGCCCGACGCUCAGUCCAGGAAGCGCAAAGCCAAGACUGUCCCCCGAAAACAGGGACUCCUCCUGUCCCCCUGACUCUCCUGUCUCCAGAGCAGAAAGGUCCAAGCUGCAGGUUCGGACUUCCAGUGCCAUCCGGCGGACAUCUUCCCUGGAUGCCAUCACAGGGCCUUACCUCACAGGCCAAUGGCCUCGGGACUCUCACGGACCGUACGCUUCCUGUAUGAAAGACAAAGCCACACAGACUCCAGGUCUCUGGAACGAUGAAGGAGCAGAGCAGGGAAGUCCUCACCAGCGGUCGGCCUCCUGGGGAAGUGCAGACCACCUCAAAGAGCAGAUUGCUAAACUACGACUGCAGCUGCAGCGCAGCAAGCAGGUCGGCCGGCAGAGUAAAGACCGGGAGCAGAGCUCACUGCAGCUGCCGCAGCAGGCGCUGCACAGCACGGCAUGCCAACCUCAGUACAAGGGACCUUCGUCAGCCUUGUCGUCCACGAUCCCGGUGCCAAAAUCCUUCACCUGCCGAGCCCCGAGCAGCGUGGGGGGAAUCAACCACGAGCUAGAAAAUGUAUUUAUCAGAGACGACUGGGAGCAGAGGAUACAGGCCAUGGACGCAGUGGACGGCCGUCGGCCCCCUUUCCCUCCGCACCGCUACAGCAGCGGCGGGGACACACGCGACACCGACACACAGGCGCCUUCGAGCGGCGACUCCAGCCCGUCGCCCCGCCCCUUCAGCUCUGAGCACCUCCACUCCCCCGAUGGAAGCCCCUGUUCUGCUGAGGACACUGACAAAGACGGUGUUUGCAGUUCUCCUCUCCCCAAGUUCGCCACUUCUCCCAAACCCAACAACAGCUACAUGUUCAAACGUGAACCUCCAGAGGGCUGUGAGAAGGUCAAAGUGUUUGACGAGUUUGUGUCUGGCAAAUCAAAAGGCUUCCCUCUCUUCUCAUGCCCGGACAAAAACAAGGUGAACUUCAUUCCCAGGGGUUCGGCCUUCUGCCCCGUCAAACUCCUCUGCUCCGGGCUCCUUGUCGGUGAGAACGCCGGGCCGCUGGUGACCCCGACUCUGCCCACCGCACCACUACCUACCUUUCCGGCCUCCACUGACCGGAGCAUCGACAAAAGCACAGGCGUAAGCACAGACAACAGCACAGACGGCCCGAGCCCCGACGCGGAUGUGGGGAACGACGGCUCAGCACAAGUCCUGCUCACCAGCUAGUCCUCAGGUGUUCCUGACCAAACCUCCCACAGGGAAAACGUCUCACCCAGUUGGGUGGUUUGGUUUAAAAAAACAAACAAAAAUUAAACGAAAAAGAUGAAAACAAACAAAAAAAAUCCUUGCACUCCGGUUAUCCUAACAUUAGCCAGCAGGGGGUGCCCAAGGUCCUAGAAAAGACACAAACGUACAGAUAAUGGGACCAACUUCCCGCUGCACAAUCGUUUUCUGCUCCGGUCCAACUUGUCUCGGUCGUUGUCUCUCAGACUUUAGAGUGAGUGUUGACCUUGGGCACAGCCUCAUCUUGUCCAUCACUAACCUAGCCUUGUCCUCUCUACCCCCCCCCCCCCCCGAUACCACCCGUAACAAAUAUAGCUUUGCUUUCUUUUUUGCAAAAAAAAUGAAUAAUAAAAUAAAAUAGGGAUUACUUCUCAAAUUAUUGUUACAUAGCACUGGCAGUUGAAAUAAAAACAAAUCCACAACUUUGACAAGAGACAACGAUGGGAUAUCACAAACUCAGUCUACUCAUGUUAUCUAAUCAGCUUGUUAGCUGUUAAGUGUUCAGCGAGCUUAGGUUCACAUAUAUAAGCUUUUUGACAGUAUGGGAUGUUUUUUUUUGAUUCAUAUACAGUAUUUAACAUAUGGGGACGUCUUGCAGUCCCAGUACACUCUCUCCCACUUUAACCACAGUGUUUGCACUUGUUAGGAGCUGGUUCAGAGAGAACCAGAAGUCUCUGCUGCCCGGUGUCACACAAGACUUUGAUCUGCGUUAGUCUGAUCACUAUCAAACCUCGGUUCAAUACGACUUCAGCUGUUUAUUCACAGACCAAAUAACCAGUCACAAAGCACACAACCCCCCCCCCCCCCCUCCUCCUCCCCUCCGUUGCCUUGUUGUAUUGCCCCACGCCCCCCCGAACAAUAACUCAGGUCAUGUGGAAUGUACUUGCUUGGACUAAGUUGCCUUUUUCCAAGUGUUUAUAACUUUCUCUGACAGGAAUAUUUUAUUUUUCUCUCCCCCCCGGAGAAGGACGUUAUUACAGAGACGAGUCCGAUGGUCGGACGUCACAGUUUGUGACGCGCGGCUUUGUUGCGUGAACCUGUUCAGGAGUUUCAGGUGCUAUGACACAUUCCAGAGGGCGCCGUUGCAUCGGUCCACAGUCGGGCCUCGUGUAAAUGGAACUAGCUAAAUAAGCUACACCUUUUCCAAAUUGAGAAGUCAACAAUUCUAUUGUUUUUUUGCCCCUUUUUUGUAAGAAAUGUACCAAAGUUCAAUUUCAAAAACAACGAAAGUCCCCUCGUUGUGUGUUUGGGUCACGCAAGGCUCAGUUUUGUGCAAGAGACCGAAUGUUAGUGUGUUUUUGUUAUGUUUUGUUUUAUACACACUUCAGCGACUUAUAAACACUGGUUGAUGUUGUUUGAAACUCAGGCGGUGAUAGUGAAACCAAGCCUCUGCACUUACUUUGUGAGUGAGAUGAUAAUCACUACUUUUAUUUUGGACCAAUUUGUGAGUUAAAACAAUCAGAACUUGAGUGUGCAAUUGAUUAUUUUUUUAAGUACUGUAAACAUACACUAACAUAUAUUUUGUGUAGCACAGUUUGGCUCAAGAUACACACCGUGGCAGAUGUUCCCUGAUGUUACCUGCACAUGUUGUAUCACUAGAACAUAUUUAAAUAAAAUACCCUUAGUGAGUUAGAGCAGGUUAACCUUGAACAUGAGGAUUUAACUAUAAAAAUGUUUCAUUCCAAAACCGCUAAUCUAUAUUUUCUCACUCGCACACAGAAUCACAUAUGAACAACAUAUGCAACACAUUCCUCACAGAAUAAGUUGAAAUUCUCUGUUCUGCUCUCGGCUCCAUGAGUUUUGAAUCGUACUCAAAAGUAUAAUUAUAUUCGCAAGCUCAUUGUGCAGCAAAGAGACGGUUGCCACGUCCGGCAACGAUAAUUCAGUUUUCCUGUGUAUUACGCAUUUCUAUGUAGAAACUUGUGUGUUUUUCAAUAAAGAAAACAGAAAAAGUCA